CAUCCAGCUGAGUUUAUAGCUGGUGAAAUGUUUCUUAUCUCUGUGCUCGUCGCUGGUUUGUUUCUGCCCGUUGCAUACACUUGCUCUCUGCCUCCUGAGACUCCUUCCUACUCUCCAAUAGAGCGAACUAUCCUAGCGCCGAUCGUUUUUCAAGCUAAAGUUCUCAAUACAACAACAUACUUAGAUCGCCAUGCUACAGGUCAAGUCUUCGACGCCUGCGUCCGUAUCGAAAAAAUAUUCAAGGCACCCUUCGAAAUUCCUCCAGAGCUGUGUUUUGGAUCAUUUGGAAUACAAGAGCUGUGUUUGACAUACGUGUUCGAAGGCUCUGAUUACAUAUUCUUUGUGAAUGAAGAUUUCACAGCUAGAUAUGACGGUUUUCCACAGUCUGCCAUCUAUGUCACUGAUGACAAUUUGUCCGCAGUUGAGCGCGGUUACUGCUCUGAUCAAUACGACGAGUGCGAACCGCCAAAGAUUGAUGUGGAAACGUUUGAACCUAUGACCCGUGUACAAGAGGGACGAAAGGUAGUUGUCAAAUGCCAAGUAUUAGGAACGUUGCCCUUUGUAACAAUCUGGUCCAGAGGUGGAAAUCAUUUGAUAGAAAAACAGCGAGGAAAUAUGUUCGAGAUCAUUUCUGCCACCAUUUAUGAUACAGGGAGAUAUUCUUGUACAGUUAAAAACCCCGCCGGAGAGGAUACAAAGGACGCCUACGUACAGAUUCUCUCCUCAGCAUGCGGAGGCUUCGUCGCUGUACAUGAAAACGAGACCGUAACAAUACAAAGCUCAGAUUUUCCUUGGCCUUACCAGAGAGCAAAAUCCUGUUCAUGGCGGGUGUGUCCUCCUCAUGGAAUGAAGUUGGAAUUUAACUUUACUACCUUUGAUCUUCGUACAUUUGACAAACUGGAGAUUAUUAACGAAUGUGAUCGGCAGCAAUUUCCAUGGAGGACAUACUGUGGUUCCAAGGUGUCUCCUGGCUCCUUUGUGUCUCAUUGUAAUUCCACUUGUAUGCAGAUUGUUCUGAACUCUGGUAUUCCUCCCAAUAGAGUAGCUUCCGGUUUCCAAGUCAACAUCAGGACUACAGACCGAGAUGAAACAGAGGACAAUCUGGAUGAAAUGAUGUGUGGCAGCAAUCUUGUCGCCAGAGUAAUUUCUUCCCAGAGCCUGUUUAUAUUGGAGGUGAACGUGAAAAUAUUGGAAAUCCUCAGACAAGACGAGCCUAUGGUUGUUUCGCCGGACGAAGAAAUCUCCAUAAAGCACGAUUUUACCAUCAGAGACAUGUAUGGCUGUCCAAUGGAGUUCAAACCCGGAUCGGAAUAUAUCAUUUUCGCCUCAUACGAGGGAAACAUUAAUAGCGUAGACCCCAUUUCGUUCGUGAUGGAUUUUGCUGUAGAUCCUAACGACGAAACGUCUGCGAACAUUGUCCAGCGGUUGAAGGCGAUAAAAGAAGAGCUACCACAAUGCGAACCGCUGCCUGCGAAAUAAGAUAUUACACGAACGAAUAGCUUUUCAAAAAAUUACUGAAACUUGAAACCAAUCGGAAUGGAAUGGAAAAGUAUGACCAAAGGAGAGUUUCUUCCGAAACGUUUGCUUCAAAGACGUACUUGUAAUUUUCUUUGCAAUUAAAAUUUAUUUCAG